AUGGUUCAGACUCUGACUAGAGCCCUGAAGAUGUAUGUCGCAGAUAUAAAUCAGAAGGACUGGGGCGAGUUCGCGGAACAUCUGACGUUCGCCAUCAACACGGCAAGCGACACUGCCGUUUGGGAGCACUCGCCGCCGGGACGUGGAACCACGUCGAACGUCCAGCGACAGUACCAGCAGACACGCAAGCUAGUCAACGAGGCGCUGCGCGACGCGAUCGAAGAAAGAGCAGAUCAGCACAGCGAAGAUGUGAGCUCGCAUGACAUAAAGGCAGGAGAUCGAGUUUGGCUAUUUCUAGAUCGAGUUAAGGAAGGUUACGCUUGCAAACUUGCGCAUAUGUGGCAUGCGCCUUUCAGGGUCGCGGAAACAGUCGAUCGACACGCAGUGCGUCUGGAGACCGCCGGCACAGAGUACCGACUAUUUCCGAUUGUCCAUGUGUCAAAGCUGAAGCCGGUGAAGAGCUACCCAGAGCGCCCAACAUCCACGCUGACGAACCGCGCCAGAGCAGAUCGAGUAGACUUCGACGAAGGCUUGCUGCCCGAAACCAGCUGGGAACGCGAGCUUGAAGAGGACGAGUACGAGAUGGAACGGAUUGCAGAUGGCUACGCCGAGCCGUCAUGGGUCGAUGAGACUGAUCUCAACUGUGGAGCGUUGCUAAGAGACUUUGACCGGGGACGUACAGAUCGUAACCGGUUUGAGGCGAUGCAGUCACAUGAGGAGUAA